AUGUGUUUUUCAUCGAUUGAAGCACAUUCAAAAUUAACAAUCGAUGAAUUUUUCAAUGUGACUCAUUUUCAGUCAAUAAAUCUUUCUCCGAAUGGUCGAUAUUUAUUAGUAGCUAGUGAACGUCCAGCAUGGGAUUCAAAUUCUUACGAACAAAGUUUAUGGUUAUAUGAAACUAGUGGACGACGAAAACAAUUAAUUACUAACCAAUUAUUAGCAUCGUAUAUUCCGAAAUGGUCACCAAGUGGAGAUUAUUUUGUUUAUUUAAUGAAAGAUAAAUCUG